AUGGUGAACAUGGAAGAGCCUAUCUCCUGGUACCGACGUCAUCCAGCAGAUUUCCAUUUAGCAUCACUGUCCCAACUAGGGCCGGUUUCCCGAUACUCAUCACAGUUCAAGGAAUACAAGCCCCCGGGCCCUAAGGAGCGAGAGACAUGCCCACUUCCUAAGCCCCCGCCGCCGCAGCCUAAAGACGACAGAUUAUUCUGGGGGACUAUGACACUGCUUCUAUUAACUGGAGGAUUCGUUAUAUAUGCUAAGGGUUCACCAGAAAUUCGCGAUUGGUUAACACUGAACGCACCGUGGUUCGACGACCUGAUAGCAAUACUUUACCAAGAGAAUAUGACUUACGGAGAGUUUGCCGUAACGUGCAUCGAUGACACGAAGAAGCUGAUCGACAGGCUGACAGGAAACGACAAACCGAAGAAGUGCUCCCUUGACGGCGGACCAGUUCUCAAUUAUGAUGUUCCAGAAGGACCAAAAGACGAUGAAUCAGAUGUUGUGACGUGCGAACCAGAGCCUCCCCCAGUCGUGACACAAAAUAUUUGCGAAAUUGAGAGAUGCAUGCAUGAUCUCGGUGAGAGCGUUAUCAACAACUACCUUACAGCUAGGGAAGCCUGCAUUUGUUAUAACGAGCUAGUAGAAGCCACCAUGCAAACAUUUACGUUCAAGGCUAUGAAGGAACUGCGUUAUGCCAUGGAGGAGAGGAUAGAACUAGUCAAGACUUCUCUGAACAACGCAUCUGGUUGCGUCAGCAAACUUGAGGAAAUGGUUCGUUACUUGGACUGCGGUGUGCAAGCCACUAAAGAACAAAUUAGGAACUCGAAGCUACUGCACCGAGAUUUGCAAGAUAAGUUUACGAGUGCCUUCAUUUCUUAUCAAUGGGAGAACGAAAGGUCUCUCGCUAUGGACAAACAGUGGCAAAUGGUAGAGGUAGCGGUGGAAAAAUACACUUCUGAAAAUGUGGCCAUGUUCCCAGAAUUGGACUACGCGGCCAAAAAGCCUACCAUUGACGGGGACGUAGAUAUACUUCUUUACAACAGUUAUAGAUACGUUCAUCAAUUAAACGGCCACUUAAAAGAGGCUUCUGAUGGUAUGAGUGACAGAAUCAGCCGUACACUGGCCACUUUGUCACAUGGCGGCGAAGCUGAGAAAGCUAAUGAGGCCUACUUGCAAACUGUUGUCAAGACUAAGAAAGAAGAUCUUAUGAAGGAGUUUAAGCAAAGAGAGGACGAUCAGAAGUUAAGAAAUGAAAACAAUUUAAAAGCGUGUUUGCAAAAACAAAACGAACAGCACGAGGCGAAUCUUGCUACGAAGCUUGAAGAAAUGGAAGCAGAGGUCACGGCGAAAUUCAAUAGAAUGGUUAGAGAAAAAGUCGCAGACGAAAAGAGAUUGUUUGCUGAGGAACUCGCAGACAUGGCUUCAAAGCUCAAAAUCGUUGAAGAUAAACUCGAAGCUCGUAUGAAAGCGGAGAAGGAGUCCCGUCGCUCUCAGGAACUGUGGGCGGCCGGCGAGUCUCUCCUAGCGGCCACCAAGAGGGGAGAUCCCAUAGUUAAAGUUGAGAAAGAGAUAAAAGCCAUCGAAAAGGCUUCUGGUGGCGACGAUAAGUUGGUAAAGAUCGUAUUGAAAUCGAUACCGCCAUCUGUGUACAAAACCGGUAUUGUGCCGGAAAGUGUGUUGCGAGAUGGUUUCCGUGUGAUGGAGAAAACGGCGCGAAACGUUGCUCUCGUCGAGCAAGAUGGCGCUGCUAUGCCUGUCUACAUGCUGUCCUGGCUGCAAGGCUUAUUUCUAUUCAUGCAGGUCUCGAGCAUUCCACAGGCUGAAUUUGAGAAACCUGACCAAGACCCACCUAUCGGCCUAGACACGUUUGAUCUGUUACAGAGAGCAAGGUUCUGGUUGGACCGCGGUAAUUUGGCCGCGGCAGUGCGCUACGUGGACAGCCUGCAGGGUGCGUCGAAGGCCGCUGCUGCGAAAUGGUUCGAGGCAGCGCGGGCACACCUCGAAGUUCGCCAGGCGGCAGAGGCAGUGCUUGCUCAUGCCGCUGCCAUGGGAUUGCAAUAUAUCUAAAAGACUUUUGAAGUCGCCCAAGUAAUGUGGACGUUUCAAGUGGAAAAUUAAUGUGAAUUUUCAAAUAUUUGCAUAGUACUUAUUUAAACUAAAAAUAUUGGGAAGACUUUAAAAUUGUUCUACAGUUUAUCUUUAAUAAAAAAAUUGUAAAUAA